CCUGCACGUUCUGCACAUGUAUCCCAGAAUUUAAAUUAAAAAUUUAAAUUAAAAAAGAGCAGAAAGAAAGAGAGUUGAAACACAAUAUGUUUUAUACCCUGUGUAGUAGUGUGUAUCCACUUCUGAGCACUACGACAACAACAACAACAACAACAACAAAUAUACAUCAUGGUGGAGUAGAGAGUGCAGGCUUCGGAGUUUGCCCUACAUUUGAGUUUGCCCUACAUGAGUAGCACCAUUUCUCAAAAUAGAAGCCAGGAAAAUAGAAAAAAAACGCAUAUACUGCUUGAUCGCUAAAUGAUUUUCCUUACAGAUGGGAGAAGUUAAUUAAUCUUCAUUCUAGGGGUGAAGCUAAUUUACAGGCUUCAAACCAUGGAAGCAAAAAAUAAAAUUAAUACAGUAGAAUGAGUAGAAACACUUUUUAACUUAUGAUUUAUCUUAUCAUUUCUUUCUUUUUUUUCAGUCAUACGCUUAAAACAUGCCAAACCUGUGGUAUGUUCAGAGGACUGGGUUGGAGUAAGAGAUAAGUGUUUCUAUUUUUCUGAUGAUACCAGAAAUUGGACAGCCAGUAAAAUGUUUUGCAGUUUACAGAAAUCAGAACUUGCUCAGAUUGAUACACAAAAAGAUAUGGAAUUUUUGAAGAGGUUCGCAGGAACGGAUAUGUACUGGAUUGGACUAAGCAGGAAACCAGGAGAUUCUUGGAAAUGGACAAAUGGCAACACAUUCAAUAAUUCGUUUGAAAUUACAGGGAAUGGAUUCUAUGCUUUCCUGAGUGCUGAUGGAAUCCAUAGUUCCAGAGGACUUAUUGAUAUCAAGUGGAUUUGCAGCAAACAAAAUGCCUGACAGAUUUUCCUUCAGUAGGUGUGACGGUUUAUUUUGUGUCAACUUGGCUGAGCCGCAGAGUCCAGAUACUU